AUGUCGAGUGCUAUGAACUUGGAUCAAGAAGUAAGAUUAUAUACGACCAACGCAGAGAGAGAAAAAGUCGAGAAUCUAGCUACGUUAUUCAGUAUCAUUGUUAGUUUAGAAUACCUGGAGAGGGCGUAUGUGAGAGAUAGUGUAUCUGGGAAAGAAUACGCACCAGCAUGUAUAAAACUCUUAGCACAAUAUAAAUCUCUCAUCAAAUUAGUCGGAGAUGAUAUUGGUGAUAUAGAAAAUUUCAUGAAACGUUAUCAUAUGGAUCAUCCUGCCGCUUUACAUAGAUUGACCGUGGGUGUACCGGCGACUGUUGAACAUAGUACAGAAGCUAGUGAAGGUGGUGCGGAGAUGGGGAAAUGGGUUGCGGAGACUACUCAGUCUUUCAUAACAUUCAUGGAUGCUUUAAAACUCAACCUUCGAGCGAAAGAUCAACUUCACCCAUUUUUGACAGAACUCAUGAGUGGAUAUUCGAGGUUCAAAGGGAGUCAAGAAUGGGAAGGUCGAGCCAAAAUCUUACAUUGGUUGAUAACUCUUAACGCUCUCAAAGCUUCGGACGAAAUCACAGAAGAGCAAUCCCGUCAGAUGCUGUUUGACAUCGAACAUGCUUACAACGAAUUCUUCCGGUCUUUAGGGAACAAUUCAUGA